AUGGCAGCGUGGGUGUGGCACUCGUUUUCUGCAUGGUUUUGGAAUCCUUCAGUGUGGCUGCCUCCUAACUAUGACUGGAAGGACCUGGUGCCCAAUGAGAAGGUUCGUUACGCCAACUGGGCUGACCUGUGGACGUAUCCAAUUGUCAUGGCCUUGUUAGCCAUUCCUUUGAGGUUCUUGGUGCUGAACAAAUUGGUAUACAAUAAGAUAGCACUCGCUGUUGGGCUAAGGAAUAUAAAACCCCGCCCAGCAGUUCCCAAUGAAAUUUUAGAAUCUCUAUUUUUUCAAUACAAGAGCAACCCUCCCGAAGAAGAGAUCCGCAGGUGUGCUGGCAAACUUGACUGGAGUGUGCGGAAGGUUGAGAGAUGGCUUCGACAGCGCACUGCAAUGAAUCACAUCAGCAAGUUCACCAAGUUCAUGGAAUGCUCAUGGCAGUGCACUUACUAUACUUUUAUAUUUGUGUAUGGAUUGAUAAUUGCUUCCACCCUUCAGAAAGGCUCUGUGGAGGAUAAUCGUUCAUCCUCAGAUCCAUCAGAUAUCUCUUUUGAAGAUGAUGAAAGAAAAAGGAAUUAG